UCCCUCCCCCCGGCGCCUGCCCCUUCCCAAUGAGCUCCCGGGGCCUGGGGGAGGAGCGGGGGAAGGAGCAAACCUUGCCCCCGAGGAGCUGCUGCCGCCGCCGCCGCCGCUACUAGCCCCCGGACUGUGCGCGCACCGCGCGGGCUCCGGCAGGCAGCCCUCCCCGUGCCCCUGCCCGCUGCCAUGUAGGGGCCGCCUCGUUUUCUCUCGGGACCCCGGCCACUGUCCGCAGCAGCCGCCGCAGCUCGCGGCCUCCUCGUCCGCUUCCUCAGCGAUGCUUUUCCACAGCCUGUCCGGCUCGGAGAUGCACGGGGUCAUCGACGAGAUGGACCGCAGAGCCAAGAGCGAGGCGCCGGCCAUCAGCUCGGCCAUAGACAGGGGAGAGACCGAAACGCAGACCAUGCCGUCCAUCAGCAGUGACCGGGCCGCCCUGUGCGCCGGCUGCGGGGGCAAGAUCUCGGACCGCUAUUACCUGCUGGCCGUGGACAAGCAGUGGCACAUGCGCUGCCUCAAGUGCUGCGAGUGCAAGCUCAACCUGGAGUCCGAGCUCACCUGCUUCAGCAAGGACGGCAGCAUCUACUGCAAGGAGGACUACUACAGGAGGUUCUCGGUGCAGCGCUGCGCGAGGUGUCACCUGGGGAUCUCCGCGUCGGAAAUGGUCAUGAGGGCCAGGGAUUUGGUAUAUCACUUAAACUGCUUCACUUGCACCACUUGCAACAAGAUGCUGACCACCGGCGACCACUUUGGCAUGAAGGACAAUCUGGUGUACUGCCGCCUCCACUUCGAGACGCUCAUCCAGGGGGAGUACCAGGUGCAUUUCAAUCACUCGGAUGUAGCCGCUGGGAAGGGCCCGGCACUGGGAGCGGGCUCUGCCAACACUUUGGGACUGCCUUAUUACAACGGCGUGGGGACUGUCCAGAAGGGGAGACCCAGGAAAAGGAAGAGCCCGGGGCCUGGGGCGGACCUGGCAGCUUACAACGCAGCUUUAAGUUGCAAUGAAAAUGACGGUGACCACCUGGAUAGAGACCAGCAAUACCCCAGCAAUCAAAAAACAAAGCGCAUGAGGACAUCAUUCAAACACCACCAGUUGCGGACAAUGAAGUCUUACUUUGCUAUUAAUCAUAACCCUGAUGCCAAGGACUUGAAACAGCUAGCUCAGAAAACUGGCCUGACCAAAAGAGUUCUUCAGGUUUGGUUCCAAAAUGCCCGAGCCAAAUUCAGACGGAACCUCUUACGUCAAGAAAACACAGGGGUGGAUAAGACUUCAGAUUCAACACUCCAAGCAGGGACCCCAUCAGGCCCUGCCUCAGAAAUAUCCAAUGCCUCCAUGAGUCCAUCCAGCACUCCCACUACCUUAACGGACUUGACUAACCCUACUAUGCCUACUGUGACAUCUGUCUUGACGUCAGUGCCCGGAAGUCUUGAGGUUCAUGAAUCUCGAAGUCCUUCACAGACAACUCUCACAAAUCUUUUCUGAUGACUCUUUCUCAAUAAUUUCUUUAAAAAAGAAAUUACUCUUAGUUGAAUUCCAAGUGUAUUUUAAUAGAGGCUUUGAGCAACUGACUAACCACAAUUAGGAUUUCUCCUGAAAACAAAAGGAAAUGUAUUGUUCUGGUAUUACAGAGUAUGGACUAAAGAAUAACUUGGAAGAUCUAUCUGCAACACAACAUUUGUGUAAUUGUACAGUUUUGUGGACUGAGCCAGGGAAACAGCAAUUAAUUUAAGUUGGCUGAAGCUUCUGUAAUUUCAAAGACUGCCAUGUGCCUUAUAUACUGUUUUAUCUACACACUUUGGAUUACAUGUCCAUUUUUCUCUUUUUCUCUCUGUAUAUUUAUGACCAGGGCAAAAAUGUUAAGAGUUUGUUACUUUGAAUAGUCCUAAGCCCUUCAUUGGUUGCUUUGUUGUUUUAGAAUUUCAAGGUGGAAGUCUGUUCGAAUAUCAGAAUUUGUAAAAUCUAACCAGUAAUAAAACCACUUAUGGAAACUACUUGGUAAUGGCUGCAGUUACAUUUAGCAUUAAUUUCACAAUCCUGAUAGGCUGUCUGUAUUGAAAUGGAUUAGAAAAUUGAACUGCAGACACGGUAUCUGCUUAGGGUAAAUUCUAAAUAUGAUACAAAUAUGCCUCCUUUCCCCUAAAAAUAUAUGGGUGAAAAGUCCAGUUUGUAUAACUGGUCUAGAGAAAUAAGUAAUUGUUAGCUGCAGGUAGAAAUUGUCACUGAACGUGGCAAUUCAGAAAAAAACCUGUUUAAUUUAGUUGCUGAAUCUCAGUUUCACAUAAGCUGCCAUUGGAAAGGAAAUGGAUCUUGCAUUUGUGCUACAGAAGGUGUCUGUCCCAUUUCACAGAAAGUAGUGUGGCCAGGAUCAUACUGUUUCUGAGACAGACAUUAGGUCAUGAUCCCCAGAAACAAAAAAAGUAUUUCUUAGAUUACUUAUCAACAUUGGUGGAUAAACUAAAGACAAAACUGAUUCAGAAACAUACGGUCUUUUUUUGUAAUGCUUUGAAGGAAUAAAGAGCAGGUAAGCCUAUUGUUACCAGUACUAAUAAACAUGGCUAUUCCUUCAAUCAUGAUGUCCCGUUUGAAUUGAAUUGAAUUCCUUCUCCAGUUUUGAGAUCUUUAUUCUUCGGAAUAUCAUUUGUGCUUUGAAUGUUUUACUUUUUACAUAUAUUCUUCGAGACGUUAAAGAAAUAAGUAAACCUCAGCAAGGUUUAAAUUCAAGUUAGGAUGAAUACAAUCUAUGCGAUUUGACCAGGGUUUAUUUAAUUCAGAUUUUGAGUCAUACUUACCAUGCUUAGGGUUAUUUGUACUCUAUCUGGUUGCAAGGUUUUUCAGUCAGGAUGUGCUAGGUUAUGCAUGGCUGGCCUGCUAUAAUCUUCUCUGUUGUUCCCACUGGACAAAAAUUGGUAGAAGAUUAUUCCAAGCAAGCAGUAACAUAGGUGCCAAGAUUCAUGUUCUUUGCUGCUCUCAGUGUACUGAGGAUGAUUCAUUAGGCUGGGCUCUGUGGAAACAAUGUUUUGGGUUUUAAAAUGCUAUUUUUAUUCAGCUUUCUCAUCUGAAAUUUUGUAGUCCUUGUGUUUGCCAAAUUCCCUUUCAGGCCAGUGAGAGGCUGCAGUGCACAAAUAUUGUGGGACUGGGACCCUGAUGUAAUUAGGAUACUUACUAACCUUGUUCACACUUCAGCUCUAAAAAAUAAAGGUGAAUAAUUUGAGAGGCAAGGAAUUCCCCAUAAGAAAUCCUGACUAGGUAAGAUUUGUGUGAGAGGUUUUAUUCUCAUCCCCCCAAAAAACUGUUUAAUAUAGUCCAUUAAGGUUAUCUACAAUGACAAAGACAUGCUUUAAACAUAUUUUGGGUUAAGUUAGCAAACUUUCCCAGGCACCCUGAAAUGCUCUUUUUCUUGGCAAAAUAUCUAAUGAAGAAAUAAUACUGGUUAGUGGAUUAUUAAAAGAGGAUGUAUCUACCUUGUAAAAGGUGUUCAGAAACAGAUGUUCUACUGUAUGUAAUGUUUUGUUUAUUGUCAAUGACCUUGGGCAUUUUCUUUUUGUUAAAUGCUUAGCUGGAUCUUUUAUUGAUUUAAAAGGCAAUGUUGGUCCAAUAUGAAAUGGAUACAGUCUGUAAUUAAAAGUCUGCAUAUUCACAUGUAAUCAAGACAGUUUUAAACAAUUUCCUCCUAAAUUCAAAAGUAUUGUGGCAAAAUGUAGUUGGUAAAAUUUUGAAUAGUCCUCUAAAAUGCAGUACUACUUUUGAUAUCGUGUGUUUUAACUACCUGAGACUGCGUACACAUGGAAAUAUCUUUGAAAUCAGCUUUCAAUAUUGCCUUUUCAAAUACCUGAGAUUUGUGGAGGGGAAUACUCUAGUGUUAUUAUUAUCUAAAACCUAAAAAGGACAAUUAAAUCAAUUGUCUGGUUUAAUCAAAUCAGGGAUUUUGCAUAUAAAUAAGAUACCAUAUUCUAUGUAGGGCCUUUAUGUAGGGACAUUAGGAUUCAGUCACUGGCUCCAAUGACCUAUGUUGUCCCCAUGAUUGUUUCAAUCCUGUGGUAUUGUUCAGUUGUUUAGAGCUUGUUGGUUUUGAAUGCUGUACAUUUUUUUACUACUGCAAUCCUAAUGUUUCCUCACAUACUUGUACAGUUCCACAUUUGAUGUACUAGUCUGAAAUUCUGUUAAAAACAUGAACAAAAAUGGAAAUGA